AAGAGGCUACAUGUUUUGAAUGGGGCCACGAGUUCAACUGUUUCCCUAGAGAUCAUACAGCAACAUUCCAAAAUGUAUGUCAUAAUGACAGGGUCGCGCUGUUGGCUACGGUUGUACAGGUACCUAUAUGACGUCACCGUUUAUCAACGCGGAAAAGACGUCCAGAUGUUCGGAUUGAACAAAGCUAAACUGGGCCUUGAACGUAAACCCGUGCGCGGCCAUUUCGAGUCAAACGCUCCGUUUCUUCGGCGCAAGGUCAUGAAAAUGAAAGGAACCAGUAAAAGGGCGGAAGAGAAGGGCUAUGCCGCUCCCUAUGAUCCAUUCUUCAGUGGACCAGUACGAAAGAGGAGCUGCACAGAUCUGAUCUGCUGCAUACUGUUCUUGGCUGUCAUAGCUGGUUACAUGGUCAUGGGAGUUCUGGCCUGGUUGUUUGGAGACCCUCGCCAUGUUCUCUUCCCCAGGAACUCCACCGGAAUGUUCUGUGGAGUGGGGAUGAAUAGAGACCAGCCCAGGAUGAUCUAUGUGGACAUACUGAAGUGUGCCACGACCACCAAGGUGGUGGCAGCAGCGCUCGGAGGCACACAGUGUCCCACCACACAGGUGUGUGUCCCUAAGUGUCCGUCUCACUUCUGGAUGCUGUCUGCUGCUGCCUAUGACCCCGACGCCAAUCCCAAAGACUUCUUCCAUCAGCAGUACUGUGACCACAGCCUCAACCUGACUACCACCACCUGGACUGUCCAAGAGAUCCUUGAUGCAGAACUUUGUCCGUCCUUCCUUGUUCCAAGUAAAUCAGCUCUGGGGAGGUGUUUGCCCAGUCUACAUGCUCUCAAAAGUGCUCCUUCCAACUUCACUCUGCCCGGAAUGGCCUCCGUCAACGAGACAGUCAACAGCAUCAGAAGCGCCAUGGGCUCACUGAUAUCAGGCUUCAACAGAAAGGCCGUAGGAGUGAGGGUCUUUGAGGACUUUGCCUCCUCCUGGUACUGGAUCUUACUUGGUCUGACGCUGGCUCUGCUAGUCAGUGUGGUGUUCCUGUUGCUGCUGAGGUACCUGGCCAUUGUCCUGGUCUGGAUUCUCAUGGUGGGACUUCUGGUGGUGGGAGGCUACGGAAUAUGGCAUUGCUACUCAGAAUACUACCAUUUCAGCACUUCUAAACUGAAGUUUGGUGAUCUAAGCUUCAAUACAAAUAUCUCAGUCUACCUUCAAGUCAAAGAGACCUGGCUUGCUUUCUUGAUCAUCCUGUGCGUGUGGGAGUCCAUUUUGAUUCUGGUGCUUAGUUGUCUCAGGAGGAGACUCUCUGUUGCUGUUGCUCUCAUGGAGGAGUCCAGCAGGGUGGUGGGUUACCUGAUGUCCACCCUGCUUUACCCUCUGUUUACCUUUGUUCUGCUGGUGGUGUGUGUGGCCUACUGGGGAAUGACCUCCCUAUACUUGGUCACAUCAGGGGCCCCUCUCUACAGAGUGGUGUCUCUUAGCGAUCCCUCUGUAGAUAAGUGUAGUCUCAUCAACGGCUCUGAGACCUGCAAGCCACAGACGUUCAACUCCUCGGCCUACCCAUACUGCCCGUCGGUGCGCUGCAUCUUCUUCAGGUACGAUGACACGGGCCUGUUCCAGCAGAACCUGGUUUACCUGCAGGUCUUCAACAUCUUUGCCUUCCUGUGGUGUGUGAACUUUGUCAUCGCCCUGGGCCAAUGUACCCUGGCUGGGACCUUUGCUUCAUACUACUGGGCCUUCAGCAAGCCUGCAGAAAUCUCACCCUUCGCCCUGUCCCAGUGCUUCAUACGCACUCUACAGUACCACGUGGGCUCUCUGGCCAGAGCCCUCCUCCUCACCUGCUUCCAGCUAGUCAGGUUGGUGCUGGAGUACCUGAACCAUAGGACCAGGGGUUCUCAGAGUGCCUGUGGUCGGUUCCUGUUUAACUGUCUCAGAUGCUGCUUCUGGUGUCUGGAAUACUUCCUGAAGAUCCUCAACAGGAACGCUUAUAUCAUGAUCGCCAUCUACGGGGAGAGCUUCUGUGUGUCAGCCAAAAAUGCAUACAGUCUGUUGAUGAGGCACAUCGGACGGGUGGUGCUACUGGACAGAGUGACAGACAUGCUCAUAUUCUUUGGCAAACUACUAGUGGUGGCAAUAGUUGGUGUGUUGGCUUUCUUCUUCUUCUCUGGACAAAUCCGCCUGCCUGGUGACACGUUCCAGGCCGAGAUGCUCAACUAUUACUGGGUUCCCAUCCUGACAGUGAUGGCCGGAGCCUACCUCAUCGCUCAGGGCUUCUUCAGUGUCUACAGCAUGUGUGUUGACACCCUGUUUCUCUGCUUCUUGGAAGAUCUAGAGAGGAAUGAUGGAACAAUGCAGAAGCCUUAUUACAUGUCCAGGAACCUGAUGAGGAUCCUCCGCAAACCCAAACCGUUUGUUACAGCCCUGCCAGAGUAG